UUAAGUAUUUACAGAAAUACUAAAAGAAAUUGUCCCCCAUGAUACCGUUCACGCGGAUCUCUGUAAGAGCGCGCGUACGGUUUUAAGCUCAGACCUUUCCAGAUGUUGGUGUAGAUUGUCGCUAAAUCUAAAUCUGUAUGCGUAAAUUUGAAAAUCAAUCACUUUCAGUUCCUUUUACACGCCGUGACUUUUUUGUUUUCUCUUCUGAGAAUGAGGAUGUUCUUAAAAAAGCCUGUUUGUUAGAAGACGAUCAAUGCUCGUGGGUAUUCUUCUCACACUUUUCAGCCAGUUCCUUUAUGAUUCAAAACAUAAUCAUUUUCCUACGCGCAGCCUCGAGCGUCUCGGUUAUCGCGGGCAGGCCGGGGCAGGCCAGGUUAGGGAGGGUUCAGUCAUUGUUUAACACUUUCGCAGAGUCUGCAACGCUACAUUUUCACUCGUCGUUUAGUUUCACUUCUCAAUGACGGAAGUAAAAGUUGAAUUGUCUGAACGACACAGAGGAGCGUGCAUUCAAUUUCAGGAGCUCCGCUUCAGCUUGAAGAACUCCCCACGCUCGCUUUUCAGGGAACCGGGCAGAAUGUUUCCCUCUGUGAUAGUCCUGCUCACGCUCUUCUCCUGCACCCACGGUGAAAAUCCUGCUAUACAACUCACCCUGACCAACAAGGGACUUCAGUAUGGGAAGCACAUGGGCGCAGGGUGGAUUCAGGAGAAGUUGGAGAAUGUCACUUUCCCUGACAUCAGCGGUAAAGUCCUUGGCAUCAGCUACACACUGACCGGCAUGUCCGUGCAGAAGUGUGACUUUCCAGAGCCGACGGUGGAGUUCACUGCGAACGUCACGGGGCUCAAGGCGUCCAUCUCAGGCCUCAAUAUUGCGCUGAGCGGCUGGUGGAGAACGCGCUUGGGCAUCAUACAUGACGGCGGCUCUUUAAACAUGGCUGUGUUUAACGUGGACGUGACCCACGAGGUGGAGCUGGGGAAGGAUCCUGACGGCCGCCUGUCAGUGAGCACCGUCGACUGCGCCGCUAGUGUCGGAGACGUGAACAUGGACUUCUCCGGUGGAGCCAGUUGGAUCUUCAGGUCUUUUGUGCGCUAUUACAAGAGUCACGUCAAAGAUGAAAUACAGAGAAAUAUUUGCCCUGGUGUGCAGGCCCACAUGAAAGAACUGGAGAGCCAUCUACAGGCCAUGAAUGUUUCCUUGGAUGUGGAUGAAAUUCUCUCUUUUAACUUUUCUCUCACCGGUGAACCUGUCAGUGAUGGUUCAAGUGUGAAUAUGGGCUUUAAGGGAGAGUUCACCAAUUUCCAUACUCACGAGGACCCUCCGUUCGACGCCCAGCCCUUCACCAUGUCUAAGCAGCCUGGCUACAUGCUGACAAUCGGUUUGUCUGAAUACACUCUGAACUCUGCCUCUUAUGGAUUCUACACAGACGGAUUGCUCCAGACCCUCAUCAAUGACAGCAUGAUCCCUAAAUUUAGUCCCGUGCGCCUGAACACCACCUCGAUGGGAGAGUUCAUUCCUCAGCUUCCCAAGUUGUACCCAGACCUGCUGAUGACCCUGCAGGUUUACGCCACCCAGGCUCCCGUGUUUUCCCUCCAGGCCGGUGUCGGUAAACUCGGGGUCCUGGCCGCUGUGAAGACGUCGGCCAUCGCGAAGAACGGAACCAAGAUCCCACUGUUCAACCUCAACCUCGGCUUGAAAUUCAGCGGGAAGAUGUGGACAUCGGGAGGAAAUCUGAAGGGCUCCAUGAUGAUGGAUAAUCUCACCCUGAGCCUAGCGUCAACUGAAGUGGGCAAGUUUGAGACGGUCGCUUUGGAAAACCUGAUGAAGCAAGGCAUGAAGAUGGUAGUCCUGCCAUCUCUGAACGCGAAACUUGGCAAAGGCAUCAUGUUACCCAGAAUGAAAAAGGCAAAGCUGGUCAACUCAGUCCUGAAGAUGGAGAAGGGGUUCGUAGAGAUCUCUUCGGAUGCUCAGGUGUACCUGAAGGACGGACUCUUCGACUGACGCGGCUCCGCUUCUUCUCCGUCUGUGUCCUUCACCACGGCGUCUCAAACCAAAGGGCUGAAUGAUCAACGUUUCAGCUCAUUCAUUUUACACGUUCAGUCACGUUCUCAAACCUGCAGAUCAAACUUAUCAACGCUUGUAAAGCGGACGGGUGCUUCUCAGACUCUCCGUUCAGAAAUAAGGAAUAAAGAUGUUUUGUAAGUGAAUGCUUGUAAGUGAAUGUUUCUAAAUAUGUUCAAAUAAACGGUACACAUUA